CUCUCUUUUUCUGUCUUUUUCAUCUUUCCCCUACCUAUAUAUGUACAAAAUAUUUUCAUAUAUUUAUUCACAUAUCCAACAAAAAUAAUAAAUAAAUUUUAUAUAUAUAGUCCUCUUGUGAACCUCCAUAAGUACUCUUUUGUGUUACCUUGAUUAUAUUCGAGUUCAACAAGUUUUUCUAUGAUCAUGGGAUAUCAAAAGCCUGCAUGGUUGGAAGCUCUUUAUGCAGAAAAGUUCUUUGUUGGUUGCUCUUAUCAUGAAAAUGCAAAAAAGAAUGAGAAGAAUGUUUGUUGCUUAGAUUGUUGUACAAGUAUUUGUCCUCAUUGUUUGCCGUCUCAUCGCUUCCACCGCCUUCUUCAAGUCCGUCGUUAUGUUUAUCAUGAUGUUGUUAGAUUGAAAGAUCUUCAGAAACUUAUUGACUGUUCCAAUGUCCAGGCCUAUACUAUCAAUAGUGCUAAAGUGGUUUUCAUCAAGAAGAGGCCUCAAAAUCGACAAUUCAAAGGAUCGGGAAACUAUUGUACUUCAUGUGAUAGAAGCCUUCAAGAACCUUUUAUUCAUUGCUCUCUUGGAUGCAAGGUGGAUUUUGUGCUGAAACACUACAGGGAUCUUUCACCCUACUUAAGGACAUGCAACAUCCUACAACUAAGUCCUGAUUAUCUCAUUCCACAAGAAAUGGGAGAAGAAGAGAUGACAAGAUCAACAAUUGAUGAACAAAUGAGUUCAUAUUCAGGAUCAUCAUCAUCAUCAGGGUCAGAAAAUAUGAGCAUUGCAUGCACAGAAAUUGUAAGGAAAAGAAGAAGUGGAUGGACAAGCAUGUGUGCAAAAUUCAUGACCAAAAAUAAUAUUAUCAAUAAAGUUUCUGAUGAAGACAUGGCUUCAAGUAUGAUUAGUAGAAGAAAAGGAAUCCCUCAUAGAUCUCCUCUAUGUUAGUGUCUUAAUUAGCUACCUUAAUCAAUAAAAUUUAAUUAAGCUAA